CAAGUCUCCUGCGGGCUGACCGAGGACACACAGCCGAUUGGCAUGAACAGUUAAUCUGCUGUCCUCUGGCUCAUGACCCAUUUUUCCACAAAAUCUUGGAGUUUGCCUGCCCAAAAAGAAAAGUGCAUGAGGGAACUCUGGGGCGAUGAUGGAGGCCUGGCCGACAGUGGCCUGGGUCCUGCUCAUGACCAGCAUUGGUGAUUGGCUGAAAACUGCCCAGUCACGGGACUUUACAAUGACGGACAUCAUCCUGCUGCAUCCCUCAACUACUCCUCAUCCUGGCAGCUUCAAGUGCUUCACGUGUGAAGAUGCUGCAGAUAACUAUGAGUGUAACCGCUGGGCACCGGACAUUUACUGUCCAAAAGGCGUACCAUGUCUUCCAGAUGCCAGAUACUGCCACACACUCCACAUGAUGGAUAACCACGGAGACAGCGUUUCUGUGACCAAGCGCUGUGCGACCCUGGAGGACUGCCAGUUUACCGGCUGUGCUGAUGUCACUGAUAAUGGCUAUAAGAUGUGCUCGUCCUGCUGUGAGGGGAACAUCUGUAACGUUUUGGUGCCGAGGAAUGCGAGCAGUGCCAUCUUCUCCUCGACUUCUCCUCUGGUCAGCUCGAGCAGAGGGGUUCUUCCUGCAACGCUGAGCUACAUUAUCAUCGGCCUCUUCACAGCUGGACAUGUUUAAACUCCACACCUGUGGGACAUGUAUCGCAUAUCAAACCCAACUUGAUAAAGGACACUUUUUGUGUAACUGUGACUGUAAUUUUUUAACAAACCUGCUACAUGCAUCAUCAGUUCAUGUUUAUUUCACCUUGCUCAGAGUACCAGAUUUAUUAGAUUACCAUCAUGUGGAUGUUUAGAAAAUUAGGGCCGAUCGAAUUAAAGAAAAAACUGUUAAUACUAUACCAUACUCCUUUCAAAUUAGGUUCCCUUCCUCCUCUCAGACAAUUUUACAAUUUGUGUAAGCUUUUCUGUUAAUUUAUUCAUGAUAAGUGUGCUGUAACAGUAUUAAUGUGACUGUGUUGUUUAACCAUGUCAGUGUGUAUUUUAUAAGGUUGUAAUAUUAAAUUGAUUGUGUAACUGA